AUGCAGCAUCUCCUCAAUCCCGCUCCCUCCGGUUCUACGCAGUCCUCCACUCGGGGAUCGCUCACCCCCGUACCGUCUACCCCUGCACCUACCGGCGGCGUCGGAAAGAUCGAUCUCGGUCUCGACCGUAUGGAGCGGCUCAUGGCGACGCUCGAGCCGCUCCGGACGCCCGCAAUCCACAUUGCCGGCACAAACGGGAAGGGCUCAGUAUCGGCCAUGCUUGAGUCGUGCCUCAUCACCGCUGGUUUCCGGACAGCGCGGUACAACUCUCCUCACCUCAUCGAGCCCCGGGACGCUCUUCGGCUGAACGGUCGUCCCGUCUCUCGCGAGGCGUAUCAGCGUGCCCUCGCUCGCGCUGAGGCCAACUCCAACCGGGUCGACAUCCAGGCUACGUCUUUCGAGAUCGCCACAGCGGCGGCGUAUUGCUUGAUCACCGAGGCCAAGCCGGAUAUCAUGAUCAUCGAGUGCGGUAUGGGCGGUGCGCGGGACGCUACCAAUGUCAUCCCACCGGAGCUGGUCCUUGCUACCGCCCUCACCGUAGUGGGGCUGGAUCAUACGGCUUUCCUGGGCGAUACGAUCGAGGCGAUCACCACGGAGAAGUCAAGCAUAGCGGUCCGGGACGCCGUGUUUGCGAUUGGGCGGCAGCCUAUAAUUGCUGCGGGAGCGACAGCGGUCGCUAUUUCUCGUAUGCGGGGCGCGAAGGCUGUCGACGCGUUUGACGUGGCUGUCGUCACUGGCUCGGCUGGGGAGUGCACGUCCUACGGUACCUUCAUCAAGCCAGUUCCUAUGCUCAUCCGGUACACGACCCCCGGAUUCGGUGGUUCUCCCUUUACAUCCCUCGAAGCCCGACUUCCCCUUCCUGGCGCACACCAAGUUCCAAACGCCUCCCUCGCCAUCUCCAUCCUACACCACCUCCGCGUUGAUCCCCGGGCGCGCAACAUCCUUCCUCCCCUAGGCAUGGUCUCCAACGACCAUAUCCGCGCCGGGCUCGAAAAGACACAAUGGGCCGGUCGGUGCUCUUGGCUCGACUACGUCGGACCGGAGAGCCGCAAACGGACCCCUAUCCUCGUCGACGGCGCUCACAAUGCGGACUCUGCCACGGUGCUGCGCCAGUACAUCGAUUCGUGCGUCGGCGGGAGAGGUCACCCUGGCCCAGGCGUGACGUUUAUUAUCUCUCUCUCGGACAGUAAAGGCAAAACACCCGAGUCGGUGCUUCGGCCCCUCCUCAGGCCCGGAGACUGCGUCGCGGCGGUCGAGUUUGAGGGACCGGUCGAGGGGAUGCCGUGGAUCAAGCCUGUGCCCAAGGCGACGGUCGCGGCGAUCUCGGCGGGCGUUGUGGGAGAAGAUAGGGUGUGGGGAGGAGCGGGUCUGGGAUUGGGCGAGGCGCUCGAGUGGGCGAGGGGGACCGGGGGGUUGACGGUGGUUUGUGGCAGUCUGUACCUCGUCGCCGAUACGUAUAGGCUUUUGGGGUUGGAGGAGGAGAUUUGA